AUGCGGUUUAGUCUAAUACAAAUUUUCUUUGAAAAGGGAGAUGUGAGUAUCAAAAAUUUAGUAAGAAGAAAAAGGAAAAAAUAAUUUUUCCGAGCUUUAAGCUGUAACUUAUUUUUGUUAUGCGCUAUCCAGCUCUCAUUAUCGUUUUCAAAUUGGGCGAGUCAUUUUUUAGACGUUUUUUUCGCAAAUAAGCAUUUUUGGGUGUUUAGAGGCGCUGGGCGGAGCUUCAAAUCUUCAAAAGACCGGCCUUUUUCUCGCCUAAUACCCUCGUUAGGUGUCCACUUCUUCAUUUCAAACAACGUCCGUCCUUUCAUAAAUACUCUAAAAAUAAGGGAGAUUGCAGAAACGUGUAUGUUGAUCUCUAAUCGGCGGAGUAACGACAAGAAAACAGUCGACGAAUUCUGACGACGAGAAGAGCCAUUAAAAGGAAGAUUACCGAACCAAACCUUCUGACGUCCCUCACGACGCUCCCGCUGCCGCUCUCUCGCGUUAUCAUUGCGUGAUGCGCAACACCUCGAACGAUGUGGCCUACCGCACCCGAUUUGCUCGCUUUUCCAAAGGACUACCGUUCCGCUACCUUUUAAUAUUCCAUUCGCUGAUCUUCUCAUCCGAUGCUUUCUCCUGCACUACAUCGAGCCUCACUUUAUCCUGUCGUCUGAAUGAAGAAGCGACGUUGUCCGAAAGUUUUUUGGCGGAUUUUGCCGACUGGCGAGGACCAGAAAACGUUCGCUUCUAUCACUUUUUCAAGGUACAAUUUUCCUUCGAAAAAUCUUCAAAAAUUGGUUUUUUUGGUUGACUUUUUGAAUAACAAAUAAAGUGAUAACUUUUGAAUCAUUACCGUUUCAAACUUUUCUUUCUUUUUGCGAAUAGUUUUUUUAUCGAAUUUUUUUCUUUUUUUAUUUGUCUUAAAAUCUUCCAAAAUACUUCAAAAAAACUAGGGUUUUUUUAUGAGAGAAAAAGAUCAAAGUUUCUUUGAUUGAUAUGAAUCAUUACCGUUUUUUUCUCGUCAACAUUGAUUUUUCCGUUCUUUCCAUUGAUUGAUCGAUGGUUUUUUUAAAACGAAGUUGACUUUUUUUCUUUAAAUUUGUAGGAAGAUCCCAUCGUAAAUAUUUAAAUAAUUACAAUAGGGUUUCAAUUUCGAUCAAAAGAAAAAUUCAAAGUUCCAAUUUUCGUUUUUAUUCAGACCGACUCAAGCGGCAACGACUUGGCUGUAAGCGGCGUUGUGAAGUUCAACAUGGAAAACAUACCGAAAAACUUUCACAAUUUUGAAAUCGUCGUACGCGAAGAAACUGCCGACUUCUCAGGCGUCGUAGGCACUUACCGUUUGUCAUUGUCAAGGGCACAUGACGAGGAAAACAGUUUGGAUAGCAAGGUGGGACUAAUGAAAACAAUCGAUAGCUCUCGAUUUGAUCUCAAAUAACAAAGUUUGAAAAUAAAGGAGAUUUUCAGAAUGUUGAAGUUCGCGUUCACUUUGACGACGUCUUGACUUUUGGAAAACGAUACAAAGCGCAGGUUUAUAAAACUCAAAUGUUGCAACUUUUAUUUUAAUUUUGCAGGUUCUUGUCAAAUCAAAAAGCGUUGCUGAACUUGCUGGGGCGACCGUUGCCAUCCCUAGAAAGCCUCAGGGACGUAAAUGCGCUGAAAUGAAAGGUAAUCAAGCGUGUUUAAGCUUCUCAUUUUGCCUUUUUCCAGGCUACGCAAGCUAUUGGGCUUCUGAAGUGGCUGUUUUUGUCAAUGAAGCUAGCGGAAGCAUUGAAGUUAGUACAGAGUCAAAAGCCAACUGUCAUUUUUGUCCAGGCCUAUUUCGUUCUGGCUCCUCCCAGCCUGUGCGUUUCGACCUAUGUCAUUUCAGUUCACAACAAAGAAGGCCGAAUUCUUCAAUCUAGGGAGAUAACGGCAAGUUUUUUACGAUGAGAGAGAGCGGUUCGGAAACCAUCCGACUGCCAUUUUUGUUUUAUUGGUAGCCUCUUUUUUUGAUAGACAAAGAGGGAUAAAUCAUUCGAAGCGACGGACGGCGUUGCGUAGACUGCAGAUAACCAAACGGCUUUUAGGAGAGAAAAUGGCCUUCCAAAGAUUUUCCCAAUGAGAAGAGAAUGGCUGCCCAACUUUUCGAAGGCAUCAAUCGAGGAGAACAAGUUAUAAUCAAGGUUGCCUGAAGUUUUCACCUGAUUAUCAAUGAACUUUUUCGCAGGUUUUUGCCAAGAAUUCAACGGAAGGCAGCUGUGCAUGUUCUUCUUGCAUGUGUAUGAUCGAGAAAAGCAAAUUCUUCAAAAUUCCCGCUGUUGAUUACGAGACCAGAAAGGUAAAAUAGAUAAUAACAUUUUUUGAGGAAAAAAAUGUUCAGGAUUGGCUCCGUUCCAGCCAUGUUAUCUCAAAAACUGUCGAACUGAAUGACGGAUCCCAGUUCUAUAUAUUUUUCGUUGCAAUUGUGCUUAUAUCUUUACUUGUCUUUUUUGUCGUUCUAUGCCUCUUCACAAAUAAGUUCCGGCCAAAUGCUCAUAAACGGAUCUUUUUGAAAAAUACGGAGAAAGACGUCAACCUCGACUGUUCCAAAAGUAAGGAAGUUGUAUCUUUCCGUUUGAAAAGAAUUUUUCAGCGAAAUACAACAUUUUACUUGUUUGCGCAGAUUCUUUCGGAAGUGAAGAGCAAUACAUUGAAAGAAUUCUGCAUGCAUUCAAGUGAGUUCAAAACAUUUUCAGAGAGAAAAAUUCAAAAGAAUUUCAGAGAAUCGCAUCAUGCUGUUCACUGCGAUAGGUUCGAACAAGAUCUGGUCGAGCAAAAUAUGCUCCAAUGGAUUGCAAAAACAACAACGGCUGCGGAAAAAGUCAGUUUUUUUUGAAGGAUGAUUGAGGAAUUAUCUUUUUUGGCAAUGAAGUGCUGCUGUAUCAAGGCUUUAACUUAUUUACUAUCUUCAGAUUGUUUUUAUCCACACAAGCGCGAGUCCAAACGGAGGAAACGUCUACAAAAUCAUCACAGCGCUGAUUCCUCAACACGACCUUCGCAUCGUGAGUUUCCUUUCUUCAAAGCAUAAUGGAGUCCAACUCAACCAGAAUCUCAAGUUUUAGAAUAUAACAUUUCAGUGCCACAUCAAAGUUUCGCCACUGGCAGGGAACUCCAUGCCUUGUGAAGUCCAAUAUACGUUGCCUCGAGAUGAAAUACUUCUUCAGAAAGCUUUUUCAAAUUGAAAUUCCGGAAGAUAUCCUGGUAAUUAUUUCAUUCUAUUGUUUUUCUAAAGUUGGUUGAAUUUGAAAAUUUUUAUUUUAUAAGAUUGUCAAGCCUUUUCAUUUUGAUUAAUGAUUUUUUUGUAUCAAGUCAGACAUCAUCCGCAAGAUAAUUUUUAGAUGUUUUAACAGUUAAAAUCUUUCAUUGAAAAACUUUAAUUACCUCAGGAACGUCACUUUUUGGCGGAAAAUAUGAUGUUUAGUCACUAAAAAACUGGUCUCAACGCUUUUUAUGGAUUCCUGUCUUAGUAACAGCUACCAUCUCAGAAUCAUUUGUGGUUCAAACUUCGAUGUUUCGUUUCUCGUUUGUAUUUUUUUUACAGAAAAUAUGACGUUUACCUAAAAACAAACAAAAAUAAGAAAUAAAGGAUUGAAAAGCAGAAAUUUUGUUUCAGGGAGAUGUACAGCCUGUCGCCGAAAGAGUUUGCUUGACUGAAGAAACGCUGACUUCUUCGUCUCAUGAUGAUUUAACGGAUUCUGGCGUUUCUUUCCUUUCAAGCUACGACACCACUGAUCGAAGUACUACAGAAACAGAGGUUAGAAAUAAAUCAUCUUUGAGAGAAAAAAUAAUAAGGAAGCUUUUUUCAGACGGACGCUUCCAGAUGUACAGUUUCAAGCGAUUCCGCGAUUGUGACAACUAUAGAGAAACUGCCACUCCUUUCGCGACCGGCCGGAAAAUGCCAUUAA